CGCUAGAACGGCAACCGGCGGGAGUUUUUCAAAAUGGGAGCGCGGAGGCGCCGCCCAGGCCUCGGAAGGUGCCCGGGAGACCUUUCGGUGGCUGUGGUGUCGUCGCCGGGAGCGGCGGCCUAGAGAGCCGAGCCUGAUGGACGCCAAGACACGCUGCCUACUUGGAGCGCUGCCUCGAAAGGACUGCGUGAAGGGAGUUAAUCCGGGGAGCACGGACCGCGGCCUGGAAAUAUGGCGACCUGCAUCGGGGAGAAGAUCGAGGAUUUUAAAGUUGGAAAUCUGCUUGGUAAAGGAUCAUUUGCUGGUGUCUAUAGAGCUGAGUCCAUUCACACUGGUUUGGAAGUUGCAAUCAAAAUGAUAGAUAAGAAAGCCAUGUACAAAGCUGGAAUGGUACAGAGAGUCCAAAAUGAGGUGAAAAUACAUUGCCAAUUGAAACAUCCUUCUAUCUUGGAGCUGUAUAACUAUUUUGAAGAUAACAAUUAUGUGUACCUAGUAUUAGAAAUGUGCCAUAAUGGAGAAAUGAACAGGUAUCUAAAAAACAGAAGAAAACCAUUCUCAGAAAAUGAAGCUCGACACUUCAUGCACCAGAUCAUCACAGGAAUGCUGUAUCUCCAUUCUCAUGGUAUAUUACACAGGGACCUCACACUUUCUAACCUCUUACUUACGCGUAAUAUGAACAUCAAGAUCGCUGAUUUUGGGCUGGCCACUCAAUUGAAAAUGCCACAUGAAAAGCACUAUACUUUAUGUGGAACUCCUAAUUACAUUUCCCCAGAAAUUGCAACUCGAAGUGCACAUGGACUUGAAUCUGAUAUUUGGUCCUUGGGCUGUAUGUUUUAUACAUUACUUAUUGGAAGACCACCUUUUGACACUGACACCAUCAAGAACACGUUAAAUAAAGUUGUAUUGGCAGAUUAUGAAAUGCCAACUUUUUUGUCAAGAGAAGCCAAGGACCUUAUUCACCAGUUACUUCGUAGAAAUCCAGCAGAUCGUUUAAGUCUGUCUUCAGUAUUAGAUCAUCCUUUUAUGUCCCGAAAUUCUUCAACAAAAAGUAAAGAUUUAGGAACUGUAGAAGACUCGAUUGAUAGUGGACAUGCCACAAUUUCUACUGCAAUUACGGCUUCUUCCAGUACCAGUAUGAGUGGUAGUUUAUUUGACAGAAGAAGACUUUUGAUUGACCAGCCACUCCCAAAUAAAAUGACUAUAUUUCCAAAGAAUAAAAACUCAAGUGAUUUUUCUUCUUCAGGAGAUGGAAGCAGCCUUUAUACUCAGUGGGGAAAUCAAGAACAAGAAACCAGUAAUAGUGGAAGGGGAAGAGCAAUCCAGGAGGCAGAAGAAAGGCCACAUUCUCGAUACCUUCGUAGAGCCCAUUCCUCUGAUAGAUCUGGCAUCUCUAAUAGUCAGUCGCGAGCGAAAACAUAUACAAUGGAACGAUGUUACUCAGCAGAAAUGCUUUCAAAAUCCAAAAGAUCAGGAGUAGAUGAAAAUGAAGAAAGAUACUCAUCCACAAACAGCAAUGCUAAUAUUCUUCACUUCUUUAAAGAAAAGACAUCCAAUGGUUCUGGAUCUUUUGAAAGACCUGAUAACAAUCAAGCACUCUCCAAUCAUCUUUGUCCAGGAAAAACUCCUUUUCCAUUUCCAGACCAGACAGCUCAGACUGAAAUGGUGCAACAGUGGUUUGGGAAUCUGCAAAUAAAUGAUCCUUCUUCCGAACAAAGCAAGACGAGGGGUAUGGAGCCACCAUUGGGUUAUCAGAAACAUACAUUACGAAGCAUUACAUCUCCUUUGACUGCUUACAGGUUAAAACCAAUCAGACAGAAAACCAAGAAGGCUGUGGUGAGCAUACUUGAUUCAGAGGAGGUAUGUGUGGAGCUUCUAAAGGAGUAUGCAUCUCAAGAAUAUGUGAAAGAAGUUCUUCAAAUAUCUAGUGAUGGAAAUAUGAUCACUAUUUAUUAUCCAAAUGAUGGAAGAGGUUUUCCUCUUGCAGAUAGACCGCCCUCACCUACUGACAACAUCAGUAGGUACAGUUUUGACAAUUUACCAGAAAAGUACUGGCGAAAAUAUCAAUAUGCUUCCAGAUUUGUGCAGCUUGUAAGAUCUAAAUCUCCCAAAAUCACUUAUUUUACAAGAUAUGCUAAAUGUGUUUUGAUGGAGAAUUCCCCUGGUGCUGAUUUUGAGGUUUGGUUUUAUGAUGGAGCAAAGAUACACAAAACAGAAGAUUUAAUCCAGGUGAUCGAAAAGACUGGCAAAUCUUACACCUUAAAAGGUGAAAGUGAAGUUAAUAGCUUGAAAGAGGAAAUAAAAAUGUAUAUGAACCAUGCUAAUGAGGGCCACCGUAUUUGUUUAGCACUGGAAUCCAUAAUUUCAGAAGAGGAAAAGAAAAGUGGAAGUGCUCCCUUUUUCCCAAUAAUCGUAGGAAGAAAACCUAGCAGUACUAGUUCACCUAAGGCCUUCACACCUCCUCCUUCCGUGGAUCCAAACUACCCAAUGAGAGAGACACCAUCUCUGAAUAGAAUGAUCAUAAAUAGUGCUGCUUCUCCAAAACAGGCACCAAUACUUAAUCCUUCUAUGGUUACAAAUGAAGGACUUGGCCUUGCAGGUGCAGCUUCUGGAACUAACAGCUCUCCUAGUAGUCUAAAAGAUUGUCUCCCUAAAUCAGCACAACUUUUCAAGUCUGUUUUUGUGAAAAAUGUUGGUUGGGCUACACAGUUAACUAGUGGAGCUGUGUGGGUUCAGUUUAAUGAUGGGUCCCAGUUGGUCGUGCAAGCAGGAGUGUCUUCUAUUAGUUAUACAUCUCCAGAUGGUCAGACAUCUAGGUAUGGAGAAAAUGAAAAAUUACCAGAAUACAUCAGACAGAAAUUACAGUGUCUUUCUUCCAUCCUUUUGAUGUUUUCUAAUCCAACUCCUAGUCUUCAUUGAUUGAAGCUCCUUUUAGAUAUAUAUAUAAGGACUUCCCUGGUGGUGCAGUGGUUAAGAACCCACCUGCCAAUGCAGGGGACAUGGGUUCAAUCCCUGGUCCACGAAGAUCCCACAUGCCGUGGAGCAACUAAGCCUGUUCACCACAACUACUGAGCCUGUGUGCUGCAACUGCUGAAGCCCGUGCGCCUACAGUCCGUGCUCUGCAACGAGAGAAGCCCGCACACCGCAACGAAUAGUAGCCCCAGCUCGCCACAACUAGAGAAAGCCCGCGCGUAGCAACGAAGAUGAAAACGCAGCCAAAAGUUUUUUUAAAAAAAGAAAAACAUAUAAUUUAAAGUAAGUUACAUAGUAAACUCAUUUCUAAUUUUUUUGCCAGUUUAAGAGCCAAUUAAAUUUUUUAAAUUAAUUUUUCAAAUGGUAAGUACAUUGUUUCUCUACCUUUAUCUGAAAAUAUCUGUAUAUUUUAAUGAUAAACAUUUUAACACUGAAGACCUCAACAAUGCAAUUAACUAACAUGAGAAAAAAGAAUAUUUGAUAGUGGAACAGCAAUUCUUAAUGAAAUACUCAAGGUAAAAUAGGAAUAGAAUGAAACUACUUAAAUAUAAAGACUGUUAAUGCUUCCUGAUUUUUAUAAUCAGAGAAAUAUUGGAGCCAAUUCCAUUAAAUAGUCAGGAAUACCCAAUGUCACAAUUAUUCAGCAUUGUUUUGGAGGUUGUUACCUACGGCAAUGAGAAGAAAAAUAAUAAUUUGUAACAUAAGUUGCACAGUUAAUAAGAAAAAGACAACCCAAUAGAAAAAUGGGCAAAAGAUAUGAACAGAUAAUUCACAAAGGAGAAAAUCCAUAUAACGAAUCAAAAUCCAUAUAAUAUACUCAACCACAUCUGUAGUCGGAGAAAUACAAGAUUAAAACAAAAAUCAUUUCCCUUUAUGAAAGAUUCAUAAAAAAUAAUAAUAGUGGUACAAUGAGCAGGGCAUUCUCAGGUGUUGUUGAUUACAGUGUAAAUGAUAAAGCAAUUUGGCAAUAUCUAUUAGAAUUAUUUUAAUACACAGGUAAUCCAACUUUGGGGAGGAAAAUUAUGUAAACCCUUCUCUUAGGAAUAAAAAUAUGAUUAGAAGAAAGAAUUUCCUCUUAAAAAUGGAAAUAAUUGAAGUCCUAGCUUAAUUUUGAAGGCUAAAGACUCAAAUACAUUUUGCUUUGACAGAAUUUAGGUGUAUUUUUUUUUAUCAUCUUCUUAAUAAGUCUUAAUGUGUCUUUAUGUUUCAGGUAUUUCUCUUAUACGUACUAUACAGCUGAAUUUUUUCAAUCCAAUGUAAUAAGCUCUGUAGUCUACUUUGUUUACAUUUAUUAUCAUUUCUGAUUUAUUUUCACUGUUUGUCAUUACAGUUCUGUUGCAUUUACUUCCCAUCUUAUUCUGUGUUUUCUACUAACCAUACUUCUUCUUUGCUUUAUCUUCCUUUCCUCCCUUCUUUCAUGUUGAAUUUCCUUUUCAUAUGCAUAUUUAAAUUUUCUUUCAGCAGAUUUUUCUUGGAUUAAAGUUUUUAGAAUUUGUUCUGUUUCAUUGCUUUUGGUUUUCUUCUUCAAGGAGUUCUGCUAUAUGUAUGUUAAAUCACCUGUGCCUAAUUUUUAUAUCCAUCACUUUCUCCACAUCAUUUUUUUCUCUAUUUCUGUUAUUUUAAUUUUCCUCCAUCUUCAGUUUCCCUUAAGAAGUUAUCUGUGGCAUCUUAUUUACUCUUGUGUUCCUUCUAAUUUGUUCUUCAUGUCUGAAAUUAUUUUUUAAGUUUCUUAUUCUUUCCUGAGCUCUGCCAGCAAUAUUUUCAUACCUUCCUAUUAUCUUAUUUCUCUAGUUCAUUGGGAAAUUUUCCCAUUUCUGUUUUUCAAAUUACGAUGUUAUUUUUUAAUCUUUCCAUUCCUUUGUAAUUUCUUUCAUCUCAUUUUAUAAUACAUUCUGUUUUUAUCUGCUUUAUGGGCAUAUCUGUCUGGCAUGCCUUUGUUGUCUAUGAGAACAUUAGUUCAACUGCACUCUUCCUGUUUCUUCUCAGUAUUUAUUCCAGUAAAUGGCAUCUGCAUCACUAGCUGUUCAUGUCAGAAUCCUGGAACUCAUUCUUAACACCUUCUUUUACCUCAUCUAAUCACCAGUUAAUCCUGCCAACUCUACCUCUAAAAUAUAUUUUACAUACUUUUAAUUCCCAAUUCCACUGUCAGUUCCCUAAUUCAAGUCACCAGCAUCACUCAUCUGAACUACUGCAAUAGCCUCCUGCUUGUCUCUGAACAUCUACUCUUGCCUCCUGUGUGAGUCAGGGUUUUUACUUGCAAACAUCAAAAUCUAACCUAGUUAGUUUACACAGAGAAUAUAUUUAUUAAAGGAUAUCAGCUCACAGACCCUCGAGGAGGGAAAGAGAUUCAGGCUUUGCAGCUAAAAACAAUGGCUGAAUCACAGUGUAGGAGCUUCCCCAGAAGAAGACAUCCUAACAACCCUGCUCAGCACAGACCCCACAGCCAUGCUGUUGAAGCUAGGGGACUAGGUUCUGGGAGCUCUGGCUGCUUUCUCAGAAUUCAGCCACUGACCUUGCUCCCUCACCGAAGUCAGUUUUGCUUAUGCUGCUCACUUCCUCUUCUUGCUCAGUUCCUUAUGAAGUUUCACAUUGGAGGCAUGUACUGGCAGAGCCAGAAACACAAGCUCAUGCCUUGGCUGCAAAGGUAGAGAGAACGAAUGCAUUUCGGCUUCUAUCUAAAAGGAGAGGCCCAAUGUGAGAAAUUCUCCAAAUGUAGAAGGGUCUGCAGGAAAUGAAGAGUGGUCACAUACAUGAUAAAUGUCCUCCACAUCCAUUCCAAUUCAUACUUCACACUGCAGCCAGCUCAUUCUAAACUACACAGCUGAUUAUGUUACUAAACGUUAAAUUAAUUGUGGAAAUUUAAAAACACACAGAAGUACAGAUAUACCAGGAUAAGGAACCUCCAUGUGUCUCCCACCCAACUUCAACAAAUAUUUUGCCAAUCUUGUUUCAUCUCUCUUACUGAUAUCCUUCCCCAACUGGAGUAUUCUGAGGCAAAUCCCAGAAAUCAUAUAAUUUCUAUCAUAAAUUCUUUAGUACCUUUAACAGAUAAGGAGCUUUUAAAAGCAUAACCAAUAACACAUAUCUCAGAAUUAACAGUAAUUCCUUAAUAUCAUUUAAUGGUGAGUCCAGUUUCAAAUUUCUCCGAUUACCUCAAAAAUACCCCUUUUACCUUUGACUUAAAACAAGAUCCAAAAUAAGAUCUAUAUAAUGCAUUUGUUUUAUAUAUCUCUGAAGUUUCUUUUCAUCUAUGACUGCUGAUCUCUCAACUUUUAUUUUUUCCAUGCCAUUUUUUUUUUUUUUUUUAAUUUUAAGAAACUGGACCAUUUGUCUAUAGAAUAUGUCAUCUUCUGGGCUUAGAUGAUUACUUCCUAGAGGUGGCUUUUAGUUGUGCCUUUCGUAUUUCCUGUAAACUGGCAGUUUAUAUCUACGGGCUUGAUUAGAUUCUGACUCAGUGUUGUUUGGCAGGAACACUUUCAUAGGUGGUGCUGAGUACUUGCUGCUGCAUCAAGUCAGGAGGCACGUAACGCUGACCCACUUUUAAUGAUGUUAAGAGUGAUCCGUGCGUUCAGGUGUUGUCGGCUUCCUCCAUCCUUUGGAAAGUUCCUCAAUAAUCUUCCACCUCAGUAGUUUUAUCAUUCACUGAUGAAUGGUGCCCAUAUCUAUAUAAUAUUAUUUCACUAAAGGAUGCUAGAUGGGGGUUUUUCUAUUAUUCCCUUGUAUUUAUUAGCUUGGAUUAUUCUAUAGGAAAUAACUUUCCCUCAUCAAUAUUUUAUUACCCUGAAGUUUAGAUACAGGAGAGGCAGAAGAGAAGCUUAAAAGUCUUUAUUUCCUGGUUUUUAGAGUAAAGAGUUAAAGCCCUAGCAACCUCCAAAGGUGACCAGUGUGUUUCUUACUUUUAAUAUCAUUAUGAACUCAUAGAUUUUCACACAUUCGAUCUGUUUAAAUUGGCUGCAGAUAUUAUUCUUCUCAAUGCCUUAUUUUAUUUUUAUU